AUGUGUCCUGGCCUGUCUGACGACCUCCAGCAAAUCGACAACGCCAGGAAGACCGCCAUCAUUGACCGCGAACUAAAGAGGCUGAACAUUGAUAUCGCAGCACUGCAAGAGACGCGACUCUCCGAGAGCGGCAGCCUGAAGGAGAGCAACUACACGUUCUUCUGGCGGGGGCAAGAGCACCACGAGCGCCGACUCUAUGGCGUCGGUUUUGCUGUCCAGAACACCCUCCUAUCCACCAUAGAAGCGCCCUCUUCAGGCACACCACGUGUCCUCUCCCUUCGCCUCACCACCUCUUCUGGACCAACUAACAUUCUUAGCGUCUACGCCCCACUCAGCUCCGCAACCGAGGCUAAGGACCAGUUCUACGAGGAGCUCGAGGCAAAGAUCAGGCUGGUUCCCAAGAAGGAGCACCUAUUCCUACUUGGAGACUUCAACGCCCGUGUGGGAGCCGAACCACAAUCUGGCCUCGCUGCAUCGGCCAUUUUGGCGUCGGCAAGCUCAACGAAAAUGGCCAGCGCCUCCUUGAGCUGUGCUCCUUCCAUGACCUUUGUCUCACCAACACCUUCUUCCCCACCAAGCCCCACCACAGGAUGUCCUGGAGACACCCAAGGUCUCAUCACUGGCACCAAUUGGACUUUGUCGCCACCAGAAGAUCCUUGCUAA